AUCCGUCUAAUUUGCCACGGAUUAGCGGACCCGAUUCGUUUUGGCAGGUCUAAUUAGGGUUCUAUACAGAGGGAGUCUGGGAGCAUGACGGUAUACGGGAACGGCAACAGAGAAGCAGGUGCUCUCAUGGCGUUUCAGCUUCAGCUUUCAGCUGAUGCUGUUACCCAGCUUAAAGAAGGCAUAGAUUUGCUACUUCUUCGGUGGUCUGCACUUCAGAUCGCUGUCCACAACGAGUGGGGCGGCCAUAAUUCUGCCCGCAAGUCCGAGCUAUUCUCCUCCGUCAUCUUCUCUUGGUUCACCCAAUCCAAAGAGCCAUUGUAUAUUGAUGAUUUAGAAGACAUGCUUGAUGAAAAUAUGGUUUCCUUGUUCAAAACGGAGAUUGAGGAUGGCAGCACUGAGGAGGUGGCAGAAAAAUUAAUGGUCAUGCAUGAGGAGUGUUUGGAAGGAAAUUAUAAAUCCAUUGAAAAGCUUAGGGAGGCCAAUUCACGAGGAGUUGUUUCUCAUGUUAGACAGGUUGUGGACAAGGGAAGCGUGGGUAAAGAUGAUUUGUCAAAUAUGAUAGUUGAUGCGCCACAAAAGCGGUCAAGUUCAAGUACAGACGACAUGCAGGUUGAUGAAGGAAUGCCUGAACAGGUGGCUGAAGCAGAAGAGGGAUGGGUGGUGGUUUCCUCCAGGCGGAGUCGGGGUAAAAGGCACUAGGAACUUUACCAAGUAGAGGAGUUGAAGGAGACAAAUUAAUCAAGUCCACCGCCGUCCUCAUUGCUUCACCCCAAAAUAAUUUUGGCAAUUUCGCAUGAGAGAGUAUACAUCUCAUUCUCUCCAGUAUGGUACGGUUCAUUCUUUCGGCAAUUCCAUUUUGUUAAGGGGUUUUUAUUGACGGUCUUUUGAUGUCCAAUGGCUUGGCUAUAAAAAUAUGCAUCAAAUGGGC